CAAGUUGUUCGCUCUCUCUCGCUUUCUUGCGCGCUCUCUCUAUUCCCGAAUGGUCAGUGGUCAUUUGUCCGAAGUGAUGCUUGCAGUUCUUGGAUCUGCGAUCAGUCAUAUUAACGUCGUCGCGUGUUUGAAAACACAAAACGUGUGCGCUCGCGUUCAAAAUUAAAUAAAUCAAAUAAGUACUAUACGGAUAUUCUAAAUAUUACACGCAGUGCCAAGUGGCUGGCAGCUAAAAAGUUUUUAAGCAAAACAUACUUACACUUUAGUUGUACAGAGCAACAGUUGGCUUAGCAACGUCUAAGUCCAACAGAGUUAGCCACGAUGACGCGACCCAAGCAGGAUGCCAACAAAUUCAAGAGCUUCAUGCAGGAGAAUGUGCUCACCAUGGCCACCGUGAUUGGUGUCUUUGUGGGCGGCCUGGUGGGAUUCAUAAUCAAGAACAGCACGGGCGAGUGGACAAAACGUGAAAUUAUGUACAUAUCGUUUCCGGGUGAGAUUUUCUUGCGCAUGCUUAAGUGCUUAAUAGUGCCAUUGCUAGUGUCGUCCAUAACCAGCGCUAUUGGUGGACUCGAUCUAAGCAUGUCCAGCAAAAUUGCCACCAGAGCCAUUACUUAUUACUUUGUUACCACCAUAUCAGCUGUAAUUUUGGGCAUUUGUCUAGUCACAUCCAUUAGACCCGGCCAGGGUGCCAAGAUUAUUGAAACACGCACCGAAACUAUUGACAAAGCAUCCAAGGUCUUGACGCCCGAUACACUCAUGGAUUUAGUGAGAAACAUGUUCACAGACAACAUCAUACAGUCGACUAUGUUUCAGCAUCGCACGGAGAUCUUUGAGAACACCAGCAUCUCACCAGCUCAGCCUAUGGAGAACUGGGAGUUCAAGGCGGCGCAGCGUGAGGGCUCCAAUGUGCUGGGCUUGGUUAUGUUCAGCGUCAUCUUGGGCACAACCAUUGGGCGCAUGCGUGAGAAGGGACAAUUGCUGCAGGAUUUCUUUACAACGCUAAGUGAAGCUAUGAUGACCAUCACAUCUUGGGUUAUAUGGAUAUCACCGCUUGGAGUGGGUUUUCUGAUAGCGGCCAAGAUUAUUGAAAUGGAGUCGAUUGCGGCGACUAUACAGUCCCUAGGCUGGUAUUUUAUAACUGUUAUGAUAGGCCUAUUCCUGCAUGGCUUCGGCACAAUCGCCAUCAUAUUCUUCCUGGGCACUCGCAAGCUGCCAUAUCGCUUUAUAGCAAAGCUCAGUCAGGUGCUGGCCACAGCCUUCGGCACUGGCUCCAGCUCCGCCACUAUGCCGCUCACCAUCAAAUGUCUGGACAACAUGGGCAUUGAUCCGCGUGUGACACGCUUUGUUAUUCCCGUGGGUGCGACAAUCAACAUGGACGGCACUGCUCUGUAUGAGGCUGUGGCAGCGCUCUUCAUUGCUCAGUAUCGUGAGAUGAGCUACUCCUUCGGCACAAUUGUGGCGGUGAGCAUAACGGCAACGGCUGCAUCUAUAGGCGCCGCUGGCAUACCCCAAGCGGGCUUGGUAACAAUGGUAAUGGUGCUGGACACAGUGGGCCUGGAGCCCAAGGACGUAUCGCUCAUCAUAGCCGUCGAUUGGCUUUUGGAUCGCUUCCGCACCACCAUCAAUGUCAUGUGCGAUGCUUUGGGCACUAUUUUGGUUAAUCAUCUGUCCAAGAACGAUUUGGCCAGCGUCGAUCGCCUGAAUGCUGAGCCACAUGAGCUGCUCGAGCUGGGCACGAAUGGACAUGAAAUGAAGGAAUGAAGGCAGUCUUCGCUUGGCGCCUAUAAUCGCAAGCGAUGAGUGCAGCAGCAAGAGGACGACAGCGAGGAGUAAGUCCAACGUUAUCGUCCGCAGUCUACUGCAUUUUGUUUGUGGUUAAAGCGACCAAGACGCGUUUUGAAUUCAAAUCAACUGAGAGAGAAUUUGCUUCAACGAAUUUGCUUUUAUCGUUCAGUGCGGCAUGCAACCGACAACAAAAUUUAACAGAUUUAUGCAUUAAUUAACAACAACAACAACAGCAACAGAAAAAAGUUAUGGAAAGCGCUAAAUUUCCAGCCAAGGUAUUAUCAUGGUGUAAAUACUUUUUUAAUUUAUAUACAACAAAUUCAAAUACAUUUUUUAAGCCAAAUCAAUAUCUUCUUAGUCGACAACAAAACGUUUAAAUAACAAAUAUAUGUACGGAAAGUAAAAUAAACUUAGCAUGCACCUUUAGUCUGCAGUUAAAUUAGUAAAUAUUAUAAAUAAAAUAACAAAAAAAAAUUAUUGUAUUGCCGUUGCAAGUUCGUGUUCAAAGUUGAGCUUUGUAAAUACUUAAUAGCCUAAGUAUUAAUAAACAUUUAUACGUAAUUUGUCUAUUUAAUUAUAGCCCGAAAUUAAACGUACACUUAUGUAUUUGCAAAACAAACAUUCAAUCAAAAUAUAUUUAAAAAGACAAUAAUGCAGCCCAACAAAUGCUCAAAGCUAUACACAAGCAUACGUUCAAAUAAUACUCGAUUUAGUAUAAAAUACAUCACAUGUUAUUAAUAAAAUACAAGAAAACUUAGCUUAAGCAUAUUUAAUGAUCAAGAGCACGACAUUAAUUUCAAAAUAGUUAUUUAACAUAGCUGCAGUUCAAGCAGAGCUUUGGCCAAUUUAAUAUUACUCGCUAAUAAAUUUGAAUAUGUAAGAAUACGAAAACUGUUUGUAGUUGCAUGUAGUCUUAAAGUUUGCAAAUAAAAUGUGGAAUCUACAA